AGCGCAUGGGUGAUAGAGAUUUCAUGACAACAUGGAUUCGACAGAAUUUAUCCUUGCCUAAGUUGCCAUUUUGACAAGAUGAAAUCAAUCUGAUGUGAAAUCAUUCUAUAAACAUGUUUAAAAGACAUUUACUGGUAACCUGCUGCAAGUCCUGACAGUCAACGAGGAGCAUGUUGCGACACACUGGGAAAUUUUUCUGGAAAGGGAAAGUCAGAGGUUUUCCAACCCUUUUCUUCACCAGUAAAAUGCAGGAUGUAGGCAUUUUCUUCAAAUCAGUCAAUGAAUUUUCUGAUAAACAAGACCUCCAAUUUUCUAAUGCUGCAGAUGCAUCAAAUAAAAAUAAUUUAAAGACAGUGUUCAAGAAUAAGAGUUUGAAAUAAAAUGACAGUAGAGUGAGACCUACAGCUGGGGGAGAUAGGUGCCCUAUAUCUGGGGGUGCUUGGGAGGAUAUCUUUGGAAAUCUAAUGACGUCCGAUCGAGAGACAGUAAAGCCAGCAUUUCAGACCCCCAACCAGGACAAGGACCUCCAAGAGGAAGACAGUGAUGACGGAUGUGAGGAAGAUUAUAGACCUUUAAGAGUUAUAUACCAUAAACUCUCUCCAGAAUGGUACAACAAGCAAAUGAAGAAAUAUGCAAAAGAGGGCAAGAUUGAGCGGGCCAUUGAUGUUCUUGAAGUGAUCAUGUUGAAGAAUGACCGAGUGCGGCCAUUACCAAGUCAUUUCUACACUCUGAUCUGCCUCAUAAGUAAAACAGGAGAUACAAAGAAAGCUUUCCACUUCUUUUCAAAGAUGAGAGAUUUUGGAUAUAAACCAAUCCCACAAGUCUUCACUGCCCUGUUUGAUGCUUGUUCUAAAUCAAUUUAUGGGAAAGAGGAUGGUUUCGAACGAGCCACAAAACUUAUUCACACAAUGAAAGAAAACAACAUUACCCCAAACCAAACAACGUUUAAUGCCAUGAUCAAAACCUUUGGAAUGCUGGGGAAAAGUGAGAUAGCACUUCAUCUAGCUGACCAGAACCUCAGCCUUUAUCGUCCAGAUGACAAGACAAUAGCCAACAUUUUGAUAGCUGCUGCUGGAGAUGAAGUGAAUGGCUUGGCUCUUGCUAUUGGGAUAUGGAGGGUGGCAAGUCUACGUAAGAUAAAAACAACAGUAUUUCAUUAUAUGCUUCUUCUCAGAGCCAUUCGCUGUUGUGGAAUAGGAGAUGAAGACAAAUUCUACCAAAUGUUGAUUCAGACAUCGCCAUAUGAAAUGCAAGAAAGAUUACAGUUAUCUUUAGCUGAAUUUCAGAAGAGGAUGAAGGAAGGUAAUCUUACCUCUGAGGAUUACCUCCCAUGUUCAAAUUGUCCACCAGAGGGAGCACUAGGUAGUGUUGCCACCCGUGAUAUUCAGUUGAGGUUGUCAGACAUGACUCAGACAGACUGUAUUGUUAUGGGUACUCAUUCUUGUGAUAGCACAAUGACAGCAUCUCCAUUAGACAUAGUGGUCACAAACACACAGCCAAAAGCAUUGUCAGUGUCUAUCAAAUCAGUUGAUUCUUUUGAAACUGAUGGUGGAAAUUUUCAAGAUAUUUUAAAACCAGGAGAAAUAUCAAUUCUGAAUAUGUACAAAAUCAGAAACAAAUAUGAAAGACUUGAGUUGCUUGGAGGAGUAAGUGGAUUUUUAGCUCGCAUGAAAAGGGACAGAAUUAAACCUAAUGUGGCUGUGUUUGGACAGUUAUUUCACAUCGUAGAGACAUUGGAAGAAGAGGAAUUCUUGUUUUCUGCAAUGGAGAAGCUCCAGGUAUCCCCAGAUAUAGACAUUAUAUCUCAUGCAAUGCUAAAGAGACUUAGAAGAUUCGAAAAAGAAGAGGCCAAGUGUUUGUUGGAAUUAAUGCAGCAAAAAGGUCUAAUGCCCAAUAUUUUUGUGUGGAAAUACUUAGCAUUCAUUGAAUGUCGGAAUGGGGAAGCACUGAGACAGUUUUUAGAAGAAUUGCAGCACAAUGAUAUUGCCUUGACUGUUCACUUGAUGGAUGGACUGAUGAGGAGCAGUGAUUAUACCUUUAGAAACAAAAAGUAUUUGUUACAAUUAAUGGACAAACUAGACAUCUACCCAACAGAGUACUUUGUGGACAGAGUACAUGGAAUUAUCAAACAUACCCAAGAAAGAUUGAGGAGAAUGGCACUGCAGAAGAAAGACUGCUCAGAGGAACAGAGAGAAUUCAUGGACUUCCAACAUUACUUUCAUCAAUGGCUGAAAACUGUUCCAAUGCAGAAAUCAUAGCCGGAAGUAGGAGCAACAAGCAAAUUCAAAGAAUUGUGGUCCCCCACUUUCAGUGUCUUUGUGGAUGAGAUGUCAUUUUUUAUGACACAUUGUGUCUAAUAUGAACACCCUAUCAUAUGUCAUUUAUUUAGAAAUUAUCACUGAAGUUGAUUUUUUUUAAAAAAUAAGGUCAAUUGUGAAGGUCAAGGUCAAGGGGUAAGAAUUCAUAGCAUGCUCGGAAAUAUCUUGUCACAGGUAAUGCACAUGUCAAAUAUGAAAGUCCUAUCUCUUCUCAAUAUAAGGAACAAGAUGUGUCAAAUAGUGAAACGCAGAUGACCUCGUAUGGCAACAUAACAAAGAUUUAAGAUUUCUUGAUUCAAAUGAAAUAUAUUUGAUAUUACCCAAAGUAAGGUUUUCAGACAAGAAUUACGAUUGUGAAAUACAAAAUCCCACCCCCCUGUUCAAAAGAAAGUUAUGGCCAAGGAUACAUAUUUGAAAGGUAGGUCAAACUCCAAGUUGAAAGGAUCUGAGUUGUUGAUUUCUUUAAAAAGGUCACAAGUAAUACAUAUGUGAAGGAUGAAAACCCUAACCUUAACAGUUCAAUAGUUAUGGCCAAGGUAAAAGUUUUGAAAAAGUAAGUCAAUCUCCAAGGUCAAGGUCAAAGGGUCAAAGUUCUUGGUAUCCAAUGAAAGGUCUUCUCAUAAGGAUUACAUAUGUGAAGUACGAAAGCCUUAGCCCUUACCGUUCAAAUGUUAUGGUCAAGGUUAAACUUUUUUUUUUCAAAAGUACGGAAAUCUCCAAGGUCAAAGUCAAAAUGUCAGAAUGGUUGGUAUCCAAUGAAAGGCCUUGCCACAAAAAAUACAUAUGUGAAAUAUGUAAGUCCUAGUUUCUACCAUUCAAAAGAUAUGGUCAAGGUUAAAGUUUUUUCAUAAGUACGGAAAUCUCCAAGAUCAAAGUUGUUGGUAUCCAAUGAAAGGUCUUGCGACAAAAAAAACAUGUGCGAAAAUAUGAAGUCCUACAUGUAGUAUCUACCGUUCAAAAGUUGUGGCCAUGGUCAAAGUUUUUGAAAAUUAGGUCAGUCUCCUUGGUCAAGGUCAAAGGGUCAA